UCCCUGCUCUGUGGUCGGACUCUGAUGUGUGUUUGCACUGUUACUAAUAGACUGUUUUUGCCGGGUCAAUAACAGUUAUCAGAACGAGAUGAAGUUCCUCUGCAGUGGAUCAAUUGCGCCUCUCGUGCUUCUCCUCAUCCUGCCAGUUUGCCGGGCUGCUCAUGGGCGCUUCGCUCAGAAACUGAUGAAAGACUUAUUUACCAACUACACCAAUGCUCUGCGGCCGGUGGAGGACACCGACUACAUCAUCAAUGUCACAUUACAGGUCACUCUCUCCCAGAUCAUUGACAUGGAUGAGCGGAACCAGAUCCUGACUACCUACCUGUGGGUCCGCCAGGUAUGGAUGGAUGCCUUUCUCACAUGGAAGAAGGAGGACUAUGAUGGCCUUGACACCAUCCGCAUACCCAGCAGCUACGUUUGGAGACCCGAUAUUGUUCUGUAUAACAGUGCAGAUGAUGAGUUUUCCAGCUCCAUGGAGACCAAUGUUGUUCUUCGUAACGAUGGCCAAGUCAUGUGGGACCAGCCAGCCAUCACCAAAAGCUCCUGCUCUGUUGAUGUGGCCUUCUUCCCCUUCGAUUUGCAGCAGUGUGACCUAACCUUUGGCUCCUGGACUCACAACGGAAACCAGAUGGAUUUGUUCAAUGCCCUGGACAGCGCCGACUUGGCCGACUUUGUCCCCAAUGUGGAGUGGGAGGUUCUGGGAAUGCCAGCCAAAAAUGUCAUCUUGUAUGGCUGCUGCUCAGAGCCAUACCCAGACAUUACCUUUUCCCUCCACCUGAAGAGGCGGGCCUCCUUCUACAUCUUCAACCUCCUCAUUCCCUGCAUGAUGAUCUCCUUUCUGGCUCCACUGGGCUUUUACCUGCCAGCGGAUUCAGGUGAAAAGGUUUCUCUGGGUGUCACAGUGCUGCUGGCCCUCACCGUGUUUCAGCUGCUCGUAGCUGAGAGCAUGCCACCCUCUGAGAGCGUCCCGCUGAUAGGAAAGUACUACAUUGCCACCAUGACCAUGGUCACUGCAUCAACAGCGCUCACCAUCUUCAUCAUGAACAUCCACCACUGUGGCGGGGAGGCUCGUCCCGUGCCUGAAUGGGCCGAGCGCUUCAUCCUCAAGUACCUCGCCCGCAUCUGCUUCGUGUACGAGGUGGGUGAGAACUGCCUCGGUGGCGCCAGGAAAGAACCUUUAUCACAGGAGGGGUCUGACAGCCCAUCAGCCAAUGGCGGCAGCACCAAAGGAGCAAAUUGGGAUGUCAAUGGGAAGGCGUGGGGAGGAAAGGUGGAGGUGGAGCCUCUGAAGAUGGGGCAGGAAGUAACCAACCAGACAGACUGGAAAGAGGAUCUGUUUGUGACCAUUGACCACUCACAGGAGAAAGGAGCUGCUGUAGUGCGAGGGGAGGAAUCAAACUGCGGUGAGCACGAAGAGGAAAAGAAAGGUGUAGGUGUUGAGGGAGGAGGUGGAGAUGGGGGGAACAGGAGGGAGAUCUUGGUGAAGUGUUUAUGCCAACACCAGGAACUGGGCAAGAAUGUUGAGUACAUUGCCAACUCCUACCAGGACCAGCGAGCAGCACAGCUGCGCAUCGGCGAGUGGAGGAAGGUCGCCAAGGUCAUGGAUCGCUUCUUCAUGUGGCUCUUCUUCAUCAUGGCCUUCUUCAUGAGCAUCCUCAUCCUGGGAAAGUCCGUCUGAUGGAGCUCAGCCUAAGAAUUCACGAGAUGAUAAAAUUGUUUGUUUAACGAUUAAAUCAUUUUUUCUUCCUUUUUUUCUGACACACGUAAACAGCUAAAAAAUAACUGAAUGAUGGUUUUAAGGGUCAGUUUACUGUUUUGUAAGCUGGUACCUGGUAGCUUUCCUCAAAAUCAUUUCCACCAGAAUUUAAAAUGCUUAUCUUUGGAUUUGAAAGAGACUCUGAAGGCUGAUGAAAGUAAAAUGAUUGGGAAAAAAAUAGUUUCUAAUUAUUUACAAAGAUCCUAACAAAUGCUGGAGAAGCUAAACACCUCUCUGUUGGACACAGCAUGAAGGGAGAAUCAAGGGUGGGUUGCAAAGUGGUUUGCAUGAUGCAGCAACUGAAAUUUACCAGUUAGAUGUGUAGAUGGGUGUCUGCAGAGCCGUUAGUUGAGAAGGAUGAAUGAAAUGAAAUGAGUAGAGCUCUAAGCGUUAAUCUCAGCGUUAAAAUUACAUUAACACC